AGUGAAUAAGACUGAUGAUCUCCUCAUCAUGGUACCUGUUAGUGUGUGGGAUAUAUUAGGCAGCAGGUGAACAUUUUGUCCUCAAAGUUGAUGUGUUAGAAGCAGGAAAAAAAGCAGGGCAAGUAUAAGGAGUUUGAUGAAGGGCCAAAUUGUGAUGGCUAGACGACUGGAUCAGGGCAUCUCCAAAACUGCUGCUCUUGUGGGGUGUUCCCGGUCUGCAGUGGUCAGUCUCUAUCAGAAGUGGUCCAAGGAAGGAACAGUGGUGAACUGGUGACAGGGUCAUGGACGACCAAGGCUCAUUGAUGGACGUGGGGAGCGAAGGCUGGCCCGUGUGAUCCGAUCCAACAGACGAGCUACUGUUGCUCACAUUCCUGAAGAAGUUAAUGCUGGUUCUGAUAGAAAGGUGUCAGAAUACACAGUGCAUGACGGGUCAGGGCUGUUUCGGCAGCUAAAGGGGGACCAACACAAUAUUAGGCAGGUGGUCAUAAUGUUAUACCAGUUACCAUUACAGCUCUAAGAGAAAGGAAGAUAUAAUGUUCCCAUUUGUUUACAGUGACAAAAAGGGAAAUUAUCCAAUAGUGAUAAUACAUUAUACUUUGUCAUGUUUGUACUAGGUUUUUGAAUUUAGGAUUACGGAACGGUCGCGUCUUUAAUAAUAUUAGCGUGCUUAAUGGCGCCAUCUAGAGGCAAGAGAGUGUAACUCCUGGAGCAGCAGAAUAAAAACGCGAACUUCAGUCGAGUUUGCAGCCAAUCAGAAUAAAGCAAGUCUCUCGGGCAGCCAAUCAGAUUUGGAUAAUCCCGGUUCCAUAGCAACCAAAAAUGUUACCGUCUCGUCACUUAGGCAGCGCUGUCUUCAGACAUGUAACGAGCGAUUAAGAGAAAACAUACAGCGCAUUAAAUAUAGUGUUAUUAUUUAUUUUUAUUUUAUUUUAACCGAAAGAUACAAACAUGGAGAAUUCUGUGGAAGAUCUAUCUGACCAAAAGCAGCAGGCUGCAGCGUGCUUUAAAGCUUUCCUGCUGAAAAACAGCACAAAAACAAACCUCAACCUCUACGAUCAUAUGGUUCGGGUGCUGACCAGAGUGAUGGACGAGCGACUGGAGAACGCGGUAGAUGUGAUUGAAGAUCUGAGCCUGGAGGUUAAGCGCAGCAUGCUGCAGGAGAAACAGAGCACGCUGCGGGACACUCCGUCCACGACUUCCUCCGAGCUGCUGGCUGAGCAACAGAGAGUACUGUUUAACCACGUGGACGAGGGAGAACACGAAGAGAUGGAAACACCCCUGCCCAAUGUGGCUGAGCUGACCUUCUUCCUGGAGCAGACUGGGGUUGGUCUGGGACGGGAGGAGAUGCAGAGGAUCCUUCUGGCCCUGAAGCAGCUGGUGGAUAUUCAGCCCCUGCAACGUUGCCGAUUCUGGGGCAAAAUCCUGGGUAUCGAAGGAAACUACAUAGUGGCUGAAGUGGAAUUCAGGGACGGCGAGGAAGAAGAAGAAGUAGAAGGAGCGGAGGAAGUGCAAGAAGACAAGGAGAAAGAAGAACAGGCUCAAGAAGAGGAGGAGCUGGAUCCCGUCCCCAAGUCAAGUUACAAACCACCCGCCCCAGUCCCUAAAGAACCUCGUCGCUCCGGCACCAACAAGUUCACCUACUUUGUGUGCAGAGAGCCGGGCUUGCCCUGGGUCCGCCUUCCUGACGUCACUCCAGCUGAGAUCACAAUCGCGCGACAAAUUCGUAAGCUCUUCACUGGGCGCCUAGACGCUCCCAUUGUGAGCUAUCCGCCAUUCCCAGGUAAUGAAGCCAACUAUCUGCGUGCCCAGAUUGCUCGCAUUUCUGCAGGCACCCAGGUCAGUCCACUAGGUUUCUAUCAGUUCAGGGAGGAGGAGGGGGAAGAGGAGGAAGAGGGAGCGCGAGACAGUGUUGAGGAGAACCUUGACUUCGAGAGUAUCUCUGUGCACGCGAUGGUCGAGUCGCUGUCGGCAUGGGUCCACCACAUCCAGCACAUUCUCAUGCAGGGUCGUUGUGUGUGGGUCAAUCUGGCUGAAAAGACAGAGAAUCUCCUUGAUGACGAUGCAGAGGAAGAGGAGAAGGAGGAAGAACCUGACGAGCCCGAGCCUGAGGUUGGUCCGCCGCUUCUCACACCACUGUCUGAAGACGCAGAGGUUAAUAACACUCCACCCUGGAGUACCAGGAUCUCUUCAAAUUUAAUCUCCCAGUAUGCCAUUGCUUUUGUGCGCUCCAACUUGUGGCCUGGAGCUUAUGCGUACGUGUGUGGCAAAAAGUUUGAGAACAUCUACAUUGGCUGGGGGCUGAAGUACCUGGGCGAGGGCUUUACCCCAGCGCUGCCUCCUCCUCCACAGCCCGAGUACCCCAGUGGCCCUGAGAUUACAGAGGCACUGGACCCCAGUCUGCAGGAGGAAGAGGCUCUGAAGGAAGCACAAGAGGAGCAGCAGGCUGCGCUGGAGGACAACGAUGCGAUGGACGGCGAGGAAGAAGAGGAAGAGGAGGAAGAAGAGGAAAACUAAAUGGUAGACAGUGAACUGAUGUCUUUUAAUGUGUGCGAUUAUAUUAAACAGUUAUGGAUAACCA